AUGUAUUCAUUUAACAACAAACCUUUAAAGUUAGUGCGUGCCGAUUUUUGUUCACUUCAACAAGUCAAGAAAUUACUUGACGAUGGUCGUAUAACAAUUGGUCAUAUGAAGAACUUAGUGAAACCAUAUCAUUCUCCUGCAAAGAUAAGCAAAGGCAUGAAAUGUUACAGUCAUCAUCACACCACAAAUGAAUGCACUAGCCAAGUUCAACUAUGUAUCCGGUGUGGAUUAGAUCAUCCAUAUAACAAUAAUUGUCAAAAUGAAAUAAAAUGUAUUAACUGUAGUCAAGACCAUUAUGCAGGUCAUUCAGCCUGCCCGGAAGUACAACAAAUUAGAAGACAAAUAAGUCAAAACCAAAGAGAAAAAAGAACACAAUUAUUAAUAAAUCUAGAGCAAGAUCAACAACUUCAUUACAAUAACAACAAUCAAUCAUUUCCACAACUACCUUCUACAUCAAUACAACAACAACAACAACAGCAACAUCAACCACAAAGAUAUUCCUCUCAGCCACAAACGUAUGCAUCAAUUAUACAGGCUCAAACACAACAUCAACAACAACCGCAUAAAAAUGACUGA